UUACAUUUGAAGAGUUUAGUACAGUCUUAACACAGGUAGAAGCUGUCCUGAACUCCCGUCCUAUUUCUCCUAUGUCAGCGGAUCCCAAUGAUUUUUCCCCACUCACUCCUGCCCAUUUCUUGGUUGGUCGUCCACUGACGUCGCCUGCUAGUGAAGACUAUGAGCAAGCUGCACUUCAGCGACUCACGCGGUACCAACGAGUUGAGCAAGUCCGACAGCACUUUUGGACCCGCUGGUCAAAAGAGUACGUUUCGGAGCUACAAGUUAGGACAAAGUGGAUGAAGAGUGGAGAUUCAUUAAAGGAAGGCACUCUUGUCCUUAUCAAAGAUGACAACAGCCCUCCGUUAAAGUGGAGCAUGGGCCGGAUCGUAUCUACGUUCCCUGGGAAGGAUGGAGUUUCUAGAGUUGCUGCCAUUAGAGUCGCAUCCGGCGCAAUUACACGGCGCGCCUUCUCUAAAAUUUGCCCGCUACCUCUGGAUGCAGCGGACAACGUAAACUCUUGGAAGUUGGAGCUUCCAAGGCCGGGGGCAUGUCAAGACGUAGAACGGAACGCCGCUUGAAAGAGGCGGUUGAAAGAAGCCUCGUCCUCGAAUGGUUGUCACGCUACUGACGGUUAAUCAAAACAUUUUUGUAACGUUAAAAAAUAUAUGUUAUACGCGCAAGAGUUGUAUAUUCUCAU